AUGGCGUCCCCUUCGAAAGCAGGCUUUCCAAAGUUCGUUGACGGCGAUGUGCUCGUCAUCGUGUCAACCACUCAAUAUUACAAACUCCAUUCGCAAGUCCUGACCACCCACUCACCAUGGUUCGCCGAGCAACUCGCCGCGAAACCUCCACCACGCUUGAACCCACAAGCCCGUCGUGAGAACGCUGCAGCGUUCCGCUUUGAACUGCACCGCGCACCUGGCGAGGAAGGACCAGGUCAAUUCAUCCGCAUUGACGUCAACGAAUCCGGCCGAUCUCCUCGCUCCAGCCUCCCUCUCGUGCCGGACUUUGAAAAUGGCAAGGUGGAAAACAUCCACAACCAAUCCUGGGACUGGCUGUUCGGCGUCUUCUACAACCGCGAGCCUCGCUUCGACGACACCAGCCUGGCGACGAUCCUGACGUGCGUCAUGGCGGUGAUCGAAAGCGCCGAGUCCGUGGGUGCAAUCGACCACGUGCGCGACAUCGUCGACCUGGCCCUGAUGCGCCAGGACAGCGUGCUGUGGACAUCGAUCAUGGGCAACCCCGUCGUGUGGAUCGAGCUGGGCCGCCGAGUGCGGUCGCCGGCCAUCUACCGCGAAGCCGCGAUCCACCUGAUCGGCCAGUGGGCCGUGAUCAAGGACGAGGACAAAGAGCGCAUUGGCGAGGACAUCCGCGGCGUGCUGAACCAGAAAGCCGAAGAACUCGCGCUGGCCAAAGAGGCCAUCGAGAUGCGCAUGCUGGGCCACUAUCCGCAGUUCAUGAUGCGCACGGCGACCGACAAGCCCGGCCGGCCGAGCUACUCGGGCGACAUCUACAUGUGGAUGAGCGUGUGUUUUUUCCGCCAGUGGUUCGCGCAGAAUGUGAGUGACGACCGCACGCGACGCGCGCCCGACGGCGGGUUGAACUUCUACUCGGCCCUGCACGAAGGUGGAGGCGCGUACCUCACACACCUCGACUUCAAGACGUUCCAUCAGUACUUCCCCAUGAGCAUCAAGGCGUGCCACGUGCUCGAGGCCAACAUGGGCGUGCUCAAGGAGGAUAUCAAGCACUUUGUCGGCGACCUCAUGCAGGAACGCUCCCACUUGAAGCGCGCCGAGCAUGACAUCGCUUGGCUGACCUGUGCGCGCAUCGAGAAGGAGGACAUGCCCUGGUGCACGGCCACGAGUAAGGGCAUGAAGCGCAAGGAGGACGAGCUCAAGGAGUUGUACACGGCGCUGGGCGAGGAGAAUGCCAUGAGGAUGCAUCUUGACAAGGACAAGGACACGCCGCCACGUCCGGGGAAGAGAGCUCGAGUGUUCGUGGAAGAUGAUGACGACGACGAGGAAGACCAGGAACAACACGAACACCAGCUCCUUAACGAUGGCGAUGAUGGCGAUGACGAGGAUGAAGAGGGUGAUGGCAGUGGUAUGUUCAUCCCAGAAGACGACUUUUAG